AGUCAAUAAUUGCAGUAUAGAGGCCUGUCAUUGGUCUUGCUUUGUUCUCCUGAAGAAUACCUCCAGCACAACUAGGAAUAGAAGCAAUGGUUUCCAGUUCGACAAUUGACGUCCCCCAUUUGGGGGGCAUCAAAGCCGGUUAUGUCUUGUCAGGCAACGGAUAUGAUUCAUCAAAGCCAACAGUGGUCUUGAUAAAUUCAAUGUGUACUACAGUUGCGCUUUACCGAAACCAAUUUGAAGAUAAGAAUUUGACCGACGCGGUAAAUCUCUUAGCCAUUGAGCCUCUAGGUCAUGGCUCGACAAGCUCGCCGACUGAGCAUUUUACGUAUUGGGAUUCGGCGAUAAUGGCCCUACAAGUGAUGGAUAAGCUCGGCAUCAAGAAAGCUUUUGCGCUCGGAACCAGCCAAGGCGGCUGGAUUGUUGUUCGCAUGGCGUUGUUGAUGCCCGAGAAAAUUCUGGGUCUUCUACCUCUAGGUACAUCGAUGGAUUACGAAUCGGCCGAAUCACGCGAUCAAGGUGCCUGGGAGCCCACAGCCAUUAUAAAGCCGUUCGUAGAGAAAUGGACAAGCAAGACGGAAACUCCGGAAUUCAUCGUUGAUGAUAUCUGGUGCGGCAUGGUGGCUAGUUUGGGCUUCAGCGGUACAGUCUCGGCUGAAACCAUUGAUUUCUGGAACGAAACGUUGAAGCGCACAUACACUGGUGAUGAGGGACGCAAAAAGGUUCGAAUGGCUUCGAUAAACCUGUUAUCUAGGGAUGGGCUGUUACAUCGGCUACAAGAUAUUAAGUGUCCUGUGUAUUGGUUGCAGGGCACCGAAGACACCCCUUUCGGCAUGACUCUGCCCGUUGAGCAGAUCAAACUUUUUACCUCGUCCAAGGAAGCUAAAUUGACGAUGGUGCAAGGUGGCGGUCAUUACCUGAAUGCGACUAGUCCACGGGAGGUUAAUGAGGCAAUUCUGGAUAUUGUUAAGAAAUAUGGUAAUUAGGACGAAUACCAUUGAAUGAUAAGAACUGCUCGUUGUGCAUCACGUCGGAUGGUCAUGAGGUCAACCCCUCCUGCAAGAUGAAUUAGACAUCCAUGUGAAUGUUGAUAUAGCUCAUUGUUAGGAUCAAACAGGACUAUUUUUUGAAAGUGGAAAGUCCUGCACAGAAGUACCGGACAUCUCACUAUUCGAUCAAACUGGCGUGGGAUGGAUUAGCUUUGAAAAAACCACAGGCUGACAGGUGGUUCUGAUUAAAGCUGUGACAACUGGUCAAGUAAUAAGAAUGAAUCAAUCC